AUGAGUUCUCAAGGGGCAGCUGGAUCGUCUUCUUAUCGAAAGAAGACAAAGACUGUGCAGAAAUCUGCACAAGAACUUGAUCCCGUUGUAGACAUUGGUGAGGCCGACACCACACCAAUUGACCCCGAUCCGAUCGGGAGCCCUAACGUGCCUCCAGAUGAGCUAGACUUGUUGGGAGUGGUGGCUGAUACAGAAGCCCCAGCCGCAAUUGCUGCCAAUCUGGACCACGUGCCGAUUGACACAGAGACUCAGUCAGCAGCGAGAGGCACAGGCCCAUCAGCACCUGUGCCCCUACUUCCAACCAUGAGUGGUGAGCCGACAGGGACUAAUAAUCCCCCUGUUGAUGAAGCAAUGACGAAGGGAGACCUACCACUCUCCGUUGUUGCACCAUGA